GCUCUGGGAACCAGGUUGUUGCGGGCACACUAGCCGAGUAUCCUCGCACCGUAUACAUAUAUAUUCAUGAAUAAUUCCAAGAAUAUAUUGCAAAUUAUUUUAUAUUUAUUUAUCAGGAGAUGGCAGUAGGAACAUAACGAUGACCAUUAACACACGUAACGGUAGACCUCCAAAUGCUGGAGAGAUGAUGGCACUAAGAAUAAUAAUGCUGAUUAUUGCAAUUGGGGCAAUACUGAAGGACGUUCUACAGGUAAGAAGUCAAAAUUAUUGGAGUAUGACUGGUCCAUUUAAGGGGAAACCUUUUCAAAGAGAGAAAUUUCUUUUCUCUUAUUGGUCAAUAUCUAGACAAGAGUUUUUGGAAAACCAGGCAAUGACGUAACGACCCGUCCACACGUAUGUGCAUGGAUUGUUUGAAUACACAACGUUUUCAAAAUGGUUUCAAGAUGGCGGAAACUCAUUUCUCCGUUUCUUUAGUAACCGAAUCUUUUCAGACAAAUCCGCGUAUAAUAAUAAUAAUAAUAUAAUUGUUGUUUAAAACGCAUUAUACAUGAGUCUCAAUGCUUUUUACAACAAGAAUCUAAAAAUCUAAAAACAGUUACUCUGUCGGAAACUGUCGUAAUUUAGAAUUAGUAUUUAUGUUCACGCGUGGGACGCGCGAGUCCAAACUUUAAACACUUCGGAAAGUUCCGGAUUAUACCGGUGGUUGUUGUUUUUUCCAGGAGAGAACUUAAAAACAUGUGGCUGUGAAACUGUGAAACUUGUGAUUUUGUAAUAGAUAUUAUACUGUGUUUUGUUGUGAUUUAUUUUGGGCGAUACUUGGAGGCAAUCCCCAACAUACUGGCACCUACCGACGCGAUUUGAGCUGUGUUUUGGUACAAUCCAAAGCAUUUAUAUCGAGAUUUUGUUGUGAUUUGUGACGAGCGUGACCGUGAAAUAUUAUAUCGAAUAUGUCUAAGAUUGUUGACAAAAAGCUACUGGAAUUAACUGGGAAAAUAAAAGCAUUGAACUUUGCGAUCAAAAAGUCUGACGAAGUUAUUGAUUCUACUAAAACCGAGGUUUUAACGCGACAAAUUAGUUCAAUAACGAACCGAAUUCAAGCGAUAUAUGCCUUAAAGGAGGAAAUAGAGGAGAUCAAAUUUACCGACAACGAUUCUGAGGAAAAUAUACGAGACUGGGCUGAGGAAAUCGAGUCGAGAAUUAGGAAGCAGAUAACAAAGUAA